GUAACAAUCUCUAAAAACCAAAAAGUUUUACAAGUUUUCGGACAGAGAAAUAAAAAAGGGAGUAGGAAAAAAACAGGGGCGACCUGACCUUCAAAGAACACAAGGGCAAUGGCAAGGAACACAAACAUGGCGUUUUUCGCAGCCGUGGCAGCGGCCGCUUUGCUAAUGAGCUCGGCGGCAGCGGCAACUAAUUACCAAGUGGGCGAUGGGUUGAGUUGGGUUGUCCCUCCCGGUGGCGCCGCAGCUUAUGCUACAUGGGCUGCCAACAAAACCUUCGUUGUCGGCGACACUCUUGUAUUCACAUUUACGAGCGGAAGUCAUGACGUGGCGGAAGUGACAAAGCCAGCUUUUGAUGCUUGCAAUGUAACUAGUCCCAUUACUUUGCAGAGUGCCGGCCCUACAAAUAUCACUCUUAGCUCUUCAGGGGAGCAUUACUACAUCUGCACCUUCGCUGGCCAUUGCAGUGCCGGUCAGAAAUUGUCCAUCAAUGUGAACGGAGCUUCUUCUCCGGCUCCGGCUCCGGCUCCAAGUACUACUCCUCCUCCUCCUCCUCCACCUUCACCACCGGCCUCUGUCCCAGCACCAACACCAAGCUCCACAAGAGCACCUGUCACUUGGACCGUUGGCAACAACUCCGGAUGGACCGUCCUCCCUCCAGGCUCUUACCAAACUUGGGCUGCUAACAAGACCUUUUUGGUUGGUGACACUCUAGUGUUCAACUAUUUGAACGGAACACACGACGUGGCAGAGGUGACCAAGGCAAACUACGACUCAUGCAACACCAGCAACACCCUCGCUCUGUUCACGAACCCACCAACGAGAAUCACUCUCAACACCACCGGCGAGAAUUUCUUCAUCUGCACUUUCACCGGCCACUGUGUCGGAGGCCAGAAGCUUGCCAUCAAUGUCACCUCCGGCAGCACCACCGCCACGCCACCUUCCUCGACCGCCACUCCUCCAAGCAGCAGUGCCACCCCUCCAGGCUCUAGUGCCACCCCUCCAUCUGGAACUCCAACCACCCCAACUACUCCGUCGUCACCGACACCUGAAGGUGCAGCACCACCACCACCAAAUGCAGCAGCUUCUCUCGGCGCCGCUGGCCUUUCCGCUUCCUUUUUGUCCAUUGCUCUAGCUUUGUUGUUUUAGAUUAUUUUCCGGGGCGGUAUAUAGUUUUAAAUCUUGUGUGAUGUGAUUCAUUCAACUAGACAGCUAUAGCGUGAUUGUUGUAAUACGAUAUUGAUCAGUUUUUUUUUUUU